UGUACAUAGUUAGUGGUACAAAGCUUAUCUCAAGUCAAUUGACCAAUGCAACGACAAAACAAGUUCUGAGUUAUAAUUCAUAACUUUUGAAGUAAUAGCGAUGAAAUACCGUCUUCUUAGUUUAGCAGUGUUAGUUUUAUUGUCAACAGGGGACGGAUCUAUUCCUGACCCCAGCCCACAGUAUGGCUGCGAGACUGAGGCGUACCCCCCUCUUGAACAGUUCAAACUGCCCUGGUUCCAAAUUGAUCUGGAUGCGUCCCCACGUACCAGGUGGACAGAGAUCAUAACAACUUACAAGGAUCCAAUCAAUGACCUGGUUGACCAACUGCUGCAUCUGUUGAACUUGGUCGACCCCAGUGGCACCAUUCUCAAGAUCAUAGAUGAUGUACUUCCCACUUUAGUACUCAAAUUCCCCAAGGAAUACAGGGAGGAGAUCGAGGGCAUCUCUGAAGUGUCUGGAGUUAAGCUGGGCAGAGUGGUGGUGUACAACAUCUUCUACGAACUAUUCUCCGUCUGCACCUCCAUAGUCGCUCAGAACUCACAGACAGGGGAACAUUUUCAUGCGCGUAACCUUGACUUUGGCCUGUUCAUGGGAUGGGACUUGGAGACCCACACGUGGACUGUGAGCGAGAUACUCAGGAGGAUGGAGUACAAUGUGGAGUUCGUCAGAGGGGGGCAGGGGGUGUUUAAUAUGAGCAGUUUCGCAGGAUAUGUGGGCACUCUUAAUGGGGUCAAAGCGGGUCAAUUCAGCCUUUCCCUGAAUGAGAGGUUCGUAUUGGAGGGGUGGAUUUGUGGGUCUGUUCGAGUGGAUAGUGAAACAUGAGGACCUCUACUUCCCCACCUGGCUAGCCAGAGACAUCCUCACUGGCAACUACACCUACC